CUUUUUAUUUUCUCACCGUCGAGAGAACAAAACGCAAGUUGCAGACUUUAUCCAAAUUUAGGGUUUUCUUUUUCUUCUAACACAGAUUAUCAUCAGAUCUUCGAAACCCCAAUUUUACAAAUCAGAUCUCAGCUUCCCGGUUAGUUUUACCCUCAAAUCAACUAAGUUUCAUGUCUGAACUUGACUCCCAGGUUCCCACUGCCUUUGAUCCGUUUGCUGAUGCGAAUGUUGAGGACUCAGGUGCCGGAACAAAGGAGUACGUUCAUAUCCGUGUCCAGCAGCGAAAUGGUAGGAAAAGCUUGACAACCGUCCAGGGCCUGAAGAAAGAGUACAGCUAUACCAAAAUACUUAAAGACCUCAAGAAAGAGUUUUGCUGCAACGGCACUGUGGUUCAGGAUUCAGAACUUGGACAGGUCAUACAGCUUCAAGGUGACCAGCGUAAGAACGUCUCCACAUUCCUUGUUCAGGCUGGUUUGGUGAAGAAGGAUAACAUCAAGAUCCAUGGUUUCUAAGCUAUCUAGUGGAUCAUAUUAAUAAUAAAACCAUAUCAUUCUCUUCUUUCAUCUCUUGUUGCGUAUUCCGGGUUUGAUUCGAGUAGACGAUAAGAAUCGUCUUCUUCCUAGUGUUCUUCAUUCUGUUUGGUAUUCGAAUUUAAUGGCUUAUGUCCAUACUUCUUCGUCCCCUGUUUUCGUGUUACUCUGUUUCACCUCUUGCUUAGGUUAUAAUAUCAGAUUGUUAAGAUAAUUAUAUUUUUCUCUACAA